AUGUCUACAACAAACACGACUAGCGGAAAUUGGCAGUUUAACUUGGACAAUAUUAUGUACAUUGUCAACAGCUUCUUGUCCUAUUCCAGCAUUAUGCUAAACAUUGUAGCAAUACAUGCCCUCAGAAAGACACUUUCGCUACCAACAACGUUAAAAACAUUGCUUCUGAGCCUCGCUGUUUCUGAUCUUGGUGUAGGAUUGCUUGUCCAACCUUGGCGCAUAGCAGGUUUGGCAAUGGGGCUACUUCAACACGACGGACGACCAAACUUUACCGUGUAUAUCGCUUAUAAAAUAACGAUGAAUGUAUUUUAUUAUGCCUCAUUCCUUGGUGUCAUGGUUCUAGCAGUAGAGAGAUUCUUGGCCAUUCAUCUUCAUCUCCGAUACCAGAGACUUGUGACUCACAAGCGUGUUGUUACCAUAGUGAUCUCACUUUGGGUGAUAAGUGUGUUCCUUUCGUUGUUUAUGUUAGAAAUUCGGAAAGUCCGCCUUGUUAUUUAUACCACUGUUGAAGUUUUGUGUCUCAUAUCUACUGCAUUGUUAUUCUUCAAGAUUUAUUUAACUGUUAGACGACACUCGAGGCAAAUACAGUCUAUACAACCCGCGGGAGGGCAAAAUAGUGUCUCGCGAAAGAAAACAUCUGCCGUUGCUACGCUUUACGUGUACCUUGUGUUUUUGGCGUGUUACCUACCACAAAACUGUCUACAGAUAGCCUCUAUCAGCCAUGGAUCUCAAGAUACCCUGUAUGAUAAUUUCGAAAUCUAUACUUUGACGCUGGUGUUUCUUAAUUCGUCUCUCAAUCCACUGAUAUACUGUUGGAAGAUGAAACAAAUUCGAAAGGCUAUUUUGAACGUUCUGCGAAAUAUGAAUCCAAGACACAACUAA